GCGGCAGGAAGCGAGGAGCCACCGCGCUCGCCGUGUGUUAUGCGACAUCGCUCCCGGGGACGGCAAGAGGCGGGCGACGGCGGCAGGAGCGGAGCGCGGUGCGGGGCCCCGGUGGUGGCCCGGCCAUGGCGGAAGGGGCAGCAGACCUGCGACAGAGAAAGAAGCAAAACUGCACAGAAUCUGACAAAAUGGCUCCAGAGGAGAGAAACAAAGAAAACUCAAAGCUGGGAAGGUCGCCAAAAUAUGUGGUAUUUCAACGUUUUGCGAAACUUUUCUUUGGCUGUCUUGCGGCAGUCACUAGUGGAAUGAUGUAUGCUGUGUACCUCUCAACAUAUCAUGAACGGAAGUUCUGGUUUUCCAGCAGGCAGGAACUUGAACGAGAAAUUACAUUUCAGGGUGACAGCGCCAUUUAUUACUCAUUUUAUAAAGAACUGCUAAAGGCUCCUUCCUUUGAAAGAGGUGUUUAUGAGUUGACACACAACAAUAAGACAAUAUCACUGAAGACGAUAAAUGCAGUCCAGCAAAUGACUUUGUACCCAGAGUUGAUUGCCAGUGUUUUAUAUCAAGCAUCUGGUAGCGAAGAAGUUAUUGAACCAGUGUAUUUCUACAUUGGUAUAGUUUUUGGACUGCAGGGAGUUUAUGUGACUGCAUUGUUUGUAACCAGUUGGGUUAUGAGUGGGACUUGGCUGGCAGGAAUGCUGACUGUAGCAUGGUUCAUUAUUAACAGGACAGAUACAACAAGAAUUGAUUACUCCAUACCAUCAAGGGAAAAUUGGGCUUUGCCAUAUUUUGCAUGUCAAGUGGCAGCUCUCACAGGCUAUUUAAAAAAAAACCUAAAUUGUUCUGCUGAGAAGUUUUGUUACCUUUUGGUGAGUGCUUCAACCUAUACCUUCAUGAUGAUGUGGGAAUACAGUCACUAUCUCCUGUGUGUCCAGGCCGUUUCUCUUUUUCUGCUGGACAGCUUUGCCUUGGCACAGACAGAGAAGGUGCAUGAAGUAUACAAAACCUACUUGCUAUCCCUCUUCUUGGGGUACCUUUUGCAGUUUGAAAAUUCAGCCUUAUUAGUGUCACCAUUACUGAGUCUUGUAGCAGCUUUAAUGCUCUCUAAAUGCCUUCAGAUGAAUAUUAAAAAGGGUACAAUUAUGUCAAGAUUGCUGAAAAUAAUGCAAAUUUAUUUGGUCCUUACAAUAACAGUGACACUAAACUUCUUACUAAAGAUGUUUGUUCCUCAUAAAGAAAAUGAGCAUUUGCUGAAGUUCAUUGAAGUAAAACUCGGUUUAAACACAACUAAGAAUUUUACAAUGAAUUGGCUCCUUUGUCAAGAAUCUCUUCAGGCACCUUCCCAAGACUUUUUUUUGCGACUAACACAAUCAUCACUGUUGCCUUUCUAUAUUUUGGUAUUAAUUAUCUGCCUUUUUUCUGUAACUCAGGUCAUUUUUAGGACAAUUUGUGGUGAACCACUGAAAGAGACAGUUAAACUUGAGGAUGGUCGAAUUGGAGAGAGGCCAGAAAUAGUUUAUCAUGUAAUUCACACAAUUUUACUUGGUUGUCUAGCGAUGUGUUUGGAAGGAAUGAAAUAUCUAUGGACACCGUAUGUUUGCAUGCUUGCUGCAUUUGGUGUGUGCUCUCCCGAACUGUGGAUGACACUUUUCAAGUGGCUUCGACUGAAAGCUGUGCAUCCGAUAUUGCUGGCUCUUAUUCUGAGUAUGGCAGUUCCCACAAUAAUUGGAUUCAGUUUGUGGAAAGAGUUUUUCCCUAGGAUAAUGACAGAGCUUUCAGAACUACAAGAAUUCUAUGAUCCUGAUACAGUAGAACUUAUGACAUGGAUAAAACGACAGGCUCCUGUGACUGCUGUGUUUGCAGGCAGCCCACAGUUAAUGGGUGUGAUUAAGCUUUGUACUGGAUGGAUGGUGUCAAGCUUGCCUUUGUAUAAUGAUGAUGAUCUUCUGAAAAGAAAUGAGAAUAUUUAUCAGAUCUAUUCAAAGAGGUCAGCAGAGGAUAUUUAUAAGAUACUCACAUCUUACAAAGCCAAUUUUCUGGUUAUUGAAGAUGCAAUUUGCAAUGAAGUGGGACCUGUAAGAGGAUGUAGAGUUAAAGAUCUGUUGGAUAUUGCUAAUGGUCAUGUGGUUUGUGAGGAAGGCGACAGCUAUGCUUACUCAAAAUAUGGACGAUUUUGUCAUGAAAUCAAAUUGAACUAUUCUCCGUAUGUGAAUUAUUUUACUCGGGUAUACUGGAAUAGAUCCUACUUUGUAUAUAGAAUCAACACUGUGAUAUCCUUCCAGUCAUGAAAAAGCAUGCAAGCUUCUUUCUGAGGAUUGUAAAUGAAAUUCAGUUGGAAAUGUUCCUUUUGAUCAAGGAAGUUACUUUUGCAGAUACAUGUGCACACUUGCAGUGUGUUGACAACUUUAUUUUACCGAGCUGGAAUUCUUUGAACUGCAGAUCAACAGACACAGACACCAUCCUUGAAGGAAACAGGAAAAUUUGUCAAUUUUACCGUCUCUGCAAAGUGUGACAGUCUUCCAUGUUUUUGCAUUUUUCUUCCCGUUAUAAAUCAUCUUUAUGUAAAUGAGAUUUCUAACUUUAACGUUAGAGGGCUGUUGUGGGUAGGCUUCAGUAAAUGGAGAAAAAUUAUUUAAAGAGCUCAUUUAAGUCAUAAUAGCAUUUAUUUUCUAGCAAAGCCAUCAGUAUCCCGAGUCUUUUCAAGUAAGUGUUUGUGUUUUCGAGGUUUUUUUUGUUGUUUUAAUUCUUCCUGUCUUCCACUGUAAACACACCUAUGAUUAUUGAGCACCCAUUCUUACAUUUUAUAUGUAGCUGUAGUGUUUGUGUAAGUCAAAUAAGGAGGAUUUAUUUAAACAACUCUUCCUUAGAUUAAGGCACUGAUCUCUAUAUUGUUAGAGAUAUGUUGAUCCAAACGCUUGGACUUAGACCCAGCAGUAGGAGUUGACAAGGUCAGAUCUUCAGUGUGGAAAGAACUUGUCUUCAGGAUUUUUCCAUGCUUAAAAAUGUGUGUGUGUGUGUGUGCAUCUGUGUGUCUUGGCAGCCAUCAGAACAGGCCAGUAUACAACAGUAUGCAAUACUUGUUUUUAGACAAGUGUAGCAGAACAACUGAGUUUGCUACUGAGGCUUCUGCGCUUGUGUUUCACACCCUCUGUGUGCGUGCCGGUAUUUUUUUGCGUGUUUAUGGGGAGGGAUGGGCGAUGCUCAUUCCAUUCCACUUAUUAUGUCAUUGUUAUACCAAGUGUCAUAACUGUAAUCAAAAACACUAUAAUCACCACCAUUAAUAAAUAAUGGUACAGUUGUUCAUAGGUAUUUUUAUAUCAAUUAUGCAACUGCAUAGAGAUCUUUGAAAAUUUGGGAAAUCACUCUGCAGUCUUGCUUCCCUCUAAAAUUUGUCUUCCUUAUAUGACCCCCUUUGCGUCCACAACUAUUUUUCUUAACAAAUUAUCUGUUUAUCCUGUUUGUUGCUGGCUAUAUACUUUCAACAGAAUGAAUGAUGCUUUAAUUACCAUGGCGGGCCUAAUCCUUGUGUUGUGAAUAGAAAAUCCAAUAAAAGGUAACUCUGCUUAAGUAGAUGCAGUUGGACAAAAAGCCAGGAUAUGAGUUUUGGAAGAGGUUAUUCACCUAUUAGGAGUUACCUGCAGUUAUGGAUCUGUGCAACACCUGGCCCAGAGACCAGUCUGUCAGGCAGGUGGGAAUGAUUCUUUGGAGCCCAGAUGUCUUUAAUGAAGGAUCUGGCUUAAUAGGCUGAACCUUCAACUGAAAAAUCUGCAAACCAGUCCUUACUGCACUUGUUGAUAAAAAGUGCAAAUUCAGAGAUUUUUUAACUCUGAAAUUAUUAGGAACUGCAGCAUGUUGGUUUAUAUGCGUGAUUCUUAUCUGCUCUAUACAGAUACUUUUGCUUACUUUAAACUAACAGGUAGUGUUGAGAUUUUUUAAAACCAAUUAUCACGAUUGGACUGAUUCAAAAGAAAAGAAGCUCUUUUGUUGUAAAAGUGAACAUGUCUGUAAUCUUUUUUUUUUUUUUUAGUUUGUUAUAUUUUUAGGCCCAUGAGUCUUAACAAGAUGUUAAAUUAAGCAUUUUGUUUGAAACCAAUGUUCAGAUAAAUCCAUUAAAUAUACUGGAUGUGAUCAUUGAGAGAGAUACUUAUCAGUAUAACCAAGUUACAAGUUGCAAAGGAAAUACCCUUUCUGGGGAUUCCGUGGUUGUAUUGACGGUAGUGAGUAUGUGUGUCUCUGGCCAAAUGCAGUCUGCAUUUAUUUGCUCAUGCACCAGUGCAUGUGUUUUACUGCACUGGACCAUUUCAGACCUUUCAGUUACUGUAUAACAACAGAAGCUAGAGUAUUAACUUGAGCAAUGCCGAGCCUGCAGGCAUCUUCUCUGUAUGUGCUAGAGUGGACGUAGAUGCAGUAUUUGGAAGUAAAUUUAGAGUUCCUUAUAUGAUUUAAAUUUGUUAGGAUCACUGUCAAGGAAUUACAUAUCUGUGUGUCAGUCAUGUACGUGCCUGUAGUUAAUAAUUCAUGAAUACCAUUUCAUAACAGCAAUAAGGCAUUCCAGGCAACAAACUUCAGGGUUACAACUGCAUUUGGGUGGAUGAAUUUGCAUACCUUAUGGCUUCAUGCCUUAGAAUGCCAUGCCAAGAUGCAAUAUUAAGCUCUCCUUGUUUUACCACAACGCUGUAUAUAUGUGUUGCCACUUAGAACAUAGUUUGAAGACUUACAUAUAGAGCGCACAAGUCAAGAAAAACACAAAUGAGGCCAUCUGUACACCUUAAGAAAACUAUCUGGUAGCAUGUUGGCCUUUAUACGCGUGGAAAUGAACACAUUGACCUUUAUUUGAACUGUGACAUAGUUGUUAUUAGUUUUGUCAUAGUUUUUCAGAUGUAUUCUUGAUACUUCGAUUGAUCCCCCUUAUCGUUUAAGAUUUUUACCUUGCUUUUUUCUAUCAGAGAAAAUUGUAUUGCAGAACCAUUGGCACAGCAGCCUUAAGUAACAGAAGGAGCCUUUUAUGUGGGAGAAACAUUGCUGUUGUUUCAGUAAAAAGGCAAUUUUUAAAAUGAGUGACUGGAAGAAUCAUAUCUUGCAAAGAAAACUAUGAGCCUGAAUGUCUUAUUCAUCCAUGGAUUAGCAAAAAUACUAUUGUCUAUUCUAAUCUCCACCUUCUGUGAAAAAUAAACAAUAAGUUUCAUUAUAUCCUUCAGAAGGACAAAAAUAGAGCAAAAUUACAUCGGACUUGUAUACAUACCUUAGCUUGGUGUUCAGCCAGGUCACAGGUUUAACUCACUGAAAGGGCUGGGGGAAUGUUUGGCAAAUUUUGAUCUGUUUUGCUAUAGAUGUUGCAAUUCAGUUGAAACAUGUGCCUUGCAAGCUUUUAUUAAACAAAUAAGAAACUCAAAUUGUGUUUCUUUUUGUGAAGAUUUUUUUUUUAUUCCUGUCCCUCUGAGGGAGGGAAGCUUUCUAGAGCUUCCGUUGUAUCUUAAUACUCCUGCCUGUGAGGGUGCUCAUGUAGUAAGUGUUGCAGGUAGGCUGUAUGCCAGCCACCUAACAGCCAUUCACUGGGAAGAAUGAGAAUGUGUUGCUAUUUUGCUGGCUUAUUUCCUCCUUCACAUUCCAAGCUUCAGCUAAACUGACAUGUACAGUUUUAUCUUAAUCAGGACAAAAAUAUACACUCGUUCACUUCCUGGGUUAGCACAUACUUGAACUCACUUGAUAGAUUUGCCAGGAGUUGUUUGAAACUAAUUAAGUAAAGGCACUUCAGACCAUAAGCUUCUAUUCAUAUUAUUCAAAAUUUUAUUUCUUCCAAAAUAAAUGGAAGUACAAUUUAAUACAAUACAAUCUUAAAUACAGUUUCCAUUGGGGGGUUAGGGAAGAGGUAUGCAAAUACGAAGAAACAGGGCUAAAAGGUUCAACAGGCAUUGAAAAUUCUUGAAACUGUUUGUAAAUUACUAUCUACUGAAAAGUAGAGGGGAUCAAAUCUUGUUUUUACCGCCUUAUUUUUACUAAGCCAUCUGCAAAUGUACAAAUCUUGUGACACUUCUUCAGCUGUUCCAUACAAUUCAUAUGAAUAGAAGCUGUAAGAUCAGGUCAUAGUGACUGGAAGCUGUCACUGAAACACUUCUUACUGACUGUUGUUAACUUCGUAUAACCAAAAUUUUAACAGGAGAAAGCAUAACCUGUUCAUGUGAAUGCAUGGGCACAUGUGUUGUAUUUGAUUUUACAGAUGUCUGUUUUUACUGUUGUGUUUUGGAGAUGUAGUGAGUGACUUCUAUCACUAAUGGGGGUUGAAUCUAUAAAUCUCCUAAAUAUUGAUGGACAGGAGCACUUGAGCUUACUGUGGUAUUAGAGAUGAAAGAAAAGCUGACUUUAUUAGCAAUAUUUCAUGUGAAAUAAUACCUCAACAUCAAUCUGUAUAAUCAUGCCUUUAGUACUGUUUUUAAAACUUAACUUUAGGAGGGGAAACAAGGGCAAAUUCAAAAACGUGCAGCAUGUGUUGUCUUAGUAAUCAUUUCUACUUCACCUAAAAGACGAUGUCACCAUUAUGUUGCUGCACUCUUACUAUACCAAAUGCAGACGUAGCGAUGCCUAAAGGUCUUCUGAAUUUGUUGGUACCUCACCCAGAUGUUUAAACGUAUAAUUAAUCUGACAAUGUUUUUUAUUUCAGCACAGUUAAAUGUAUGUAAUUCUGCCUUUCAAGUGAUGUUUAAAGUUACCUGUUUAUUUGACGGAGAAGAAGUGGGUGUUUAAUGCCUUUCAAAGUUUCAAACUUUGUUUCUUCAGUAAUGCAGAAGAAUUACUGGUGGUGCUUUACUGGUUAAGAGUGACAUUUAGCAGUAGCGUUUAUGGCAUAGGGACAUAUUUAUGUGCAGCUAUUUAAUAACAGAUCUAAGGAAUCCAAUUCUUUUUAUCCUGUUUGUUGUCUUGGACAGUUUUUUAUCAAAAUAAUAUAUAUAUAUAGUAAAUAUUUUUCUCUUGUGACAAACUUUUUCUGUGGAAGAAAAUAAUAAAAUUGUAGUAAAAGCGAAGUCCAGAAAAUAUGGAUUGUUUGUGACACAAACCAUUUUGUGCUUUCUUGUGAGAAGUCUGAUAGCCUUUCACAAAAACAUUUAGUUCAUAAUGAAUUAACCUCCUUCCUCUACUGUGGUAAUAAAAUUAUUUUUGUAUUCUGUUGUAUUAUUUGCCUGUGCAGUUUUCAGUCAAGUGAAGACUGUACAGCAUAGCUCAAAUGUCUGGCUUGAUGGGGCAGCAUAAAUACUCUGACAACUCUUGAGGAUUAGCAGCCUGCUCAGACUGGAUCUGUGUGUCCUGGUGACUGUGACUGCCUGCAGAAAUGUACUGGCAUGAGGAUGAGCGGCAAAAUAUGAAGUGCUGCAUAUUGAGUUGUUGAACUCUGACUUUCUUCCUGAAGAUCCUUCUACAGCAAGCAUGUCACCUGGACAUAAAUGGCUAUGCAACAUCAAGUGCUUACUGAUUUAUUUAUUUUAAUCAGCUAGUGUAUCUUCUGCCUUGAAUUUUUGCAGAUCAUGAUUACAUAUAUGGAGCCUUCUAUCAUUUUAUAAACUAUUAUUACUAAGAGUGAAAUCUUUGAAUGAUAAAUAAUAAAGAAUUUACUGUGUAGUGAUAUGAAAAUCUUGAGAUUUAGUUACAUUCUGAAGAUGGUAGAAAUACCGUACAAAGUGCUUCUCCAAAAACCCAUCAUACAGCACCUAAAGAAGAUGUAUUUACAUCUUUCAUUUAUAAUGGUUCUGAGUUUGAACAUUCAUCAGACUGCUUCCAUUUAGAGCAGUCAGGAAGUGUGCUGAUGUUGAAGUAUUUGAGUUUAUCUAUGAAUCCUUCAAGCACCCAGACUUUGUGAUUGCUUAGCUGAAAGGGGAGUGGAGUUUCCUGGCACUAUGAUAUAUAUGUUGGUGUUUGUGUACUCCUCCAUGUCUUUAUCCAAAACUGAGACCACGGUUACCAGGUGUGAAAUACAGAAUAUUCUAUUAUAUAUAUAACACUAAUAAUAAUUAUAUAUAUAAUGCUACUAUAUAAUACUACUAUAUAUAGUAUAUAUAUACUAUAUAUAUAUAGUAGUAUUUGUAUUUAUAUGUGUAUAUAAAUAGUUGUAUAUGUAUUUUAUGCGUGUGUGUGUAUAUAUAUAUAUAUGGAUAAAAUAUAUAUUCUGAUUAUAAUCAAUGUUUGAGAGGUGUUAGGUAAAAUUACUGUUGGUUUGGGAUUUUCCCACCCCUAAAUUGCAGCUCUGUAAUCUGGGAGCUCGUUUCCCAGGUUUUCCAAUUUUUGCUGUGACCCAGCCUAGCGUGCCUCAGUUCCCACAUGCUUUCAUAUUGCUUAGGUAACAGAUGUGAGGCAUUUUUUAAUACUGAUGAGAUGCAUCUCAUUAUGAAUUAAAUUCCAUUUAUAGUAUAAACAAACAUGAAGCAACGUAGAGUAAUACUGAACUAUUCAGUAGGUUGUAACACAGCAGCAGUAUAUACGCUUACCUUCCGAAUUCUGAGGAGCUUUAUAAUGACUUGGAAUUUCUCCUUGGUUCAAAGUUUUAAUUCUAAUGUCUGCUGGUUCUUGGUGGUUCUGUACUGGCUGGUUAGAGGACAGAAAACAUGUUAGACUGACUUUUUUACACUGUUGCAAUAAACGCCAGCAGGUUCUUUAAGAGGAGGGCAAACAUAAAAUGAUGUUGUAAGCCAUUCUCCCCUUUGAAAAAGGUUGAUAAAGUAUGAGCAAGAAUGCAGCUGUCUUCUCUUCACUGCUUCCCAUUAACGUCUGUGAGACCCUGAGUGCAGAAGCUGUGGUCUCCCGAUGGUAAUUGCUGGAUGCUGGAAAGGGCGCCUGUGGUUUCUUUUCAACUCUGGAUGAUGAUACAGAAUCG